UUGGAUAUCCGCUACUUCUCGUGGCCCUACUUCUUCGCCCUGCUCAUCCUGUCGGCUGGGGUAAUAGCCCCGUUGGUUGUGAUGAAGUCGAGACCCACGGCGUUGUUCCGCACUGGAAGCGGUCGCAUUCCGGAGUGAUUGGUUUCGGCAUCAUGGAUAAGAGGGCAUUGCGUAGCGCCCCGGGAGCUUCCUGCGGUGCGCGUAAGUAGUGGCUUGACAUAGCGCCAAAGCGGGGGGAAGCAGACAAGCUUGCUGGGACAUGUCCGAAUCGAAUGAGCCUGGUGUUGCUGGUUGGUCUGGUGGCAUGACGUGUUGCUGUUGGGCCUCGCUGCAGGCAGUGCGUGAUUGCGCCGCUUAUUGCUUGGAGAGAUUGUAUGCAUUGUUGGUGCGAGAGAUACUAGAGAUGACUGAGGUGUGUUGCCGAGGAGUCUUUUCCGUUUCUCGCAGCGCGCGAAAGCGUGCCUGUAUAGCAGACUUUAGCGUUGGACGUUUGGGUUGCGCGGAUAAAUGUUUCAUAGAUCGUGGUGUACUAUGUACUGUACUGUACUCGCGUGUUGCUGUCUAUUACUGUAGUCGUUUUUGUUUUGGAUGUGGGAGAUGUUCUGGCAAGCGAUCGAGUAGGAGCGAGAGGGAUGCGGGUCUGCAGCAGACGGAACAAGAAGGACAACUGCGUGUUGGAGGCUCGCCGGCGGCCACGAGAGGUUACAUUAUCGCUGAGUGACGAGGAUUUACAUGACGUCAUCUGGGGCGUGAAGGGGGCGGGGGGGGAGGGUCUACAUAUGUAGCCGUCAUGUGUAUGCAUCGCGUGAAUAUGGAGGCGGCAAGGCGGGUAACGGGGCGUGAGAGAUGCAGGGUUCCUAUGUCGGGAGCAACGAAACAGCGGAAAGAGAGGUGAGAGCGACCGUAAUGUUCCCCGCCGAGGGGAUGUUUGUGUCGUGGUCGACACAAUGCAUCACCACAUCACUCUUGUCACCGUGGGAACGAACACUAGAUUGCUGUUGCUGUUCCCCGCUUUUGUAGUCGAGUCUUUCGUCGGCUCUCUUCGAUCGCGUGCCGGACACACGGCGUUGAGCGGUAAACUUUGCUCCGUCUUUUCGUUGGCUUCUACUGCUGUGCUCUCCGGCCCAGCGUUGACUGACGUUUUUUAUGAAACCGGUUUUACUCUUUUUAGAAACUCUUGCUAACGUUGCCGAGACUCUUGCGGAGGCUCGAUGCGUGUGCGGCGUUCGUCACGCGGAUCCUGCAUUGAGUGAGACAAA